AUGAAAAGCUCUCAUUCUUUGGCUGGACUCCUGCUUCUCAUCAUCAUCCAGAGCAGCUGGCAGGUGCCUGAUCAGGACACAGAUCGAAACUCCAUGUUACUGACUGAAAACUCCAUGUUGACUGAACCCAUUGAGGUCCCAAACAUGAAGAGACAUUCAGAGGGAACAUUUUCCAAUGACUACAGUAAAUACCUGGAGACAAGAAGAGCACAAGACUUUGUCCAGUGGCUGAAGAACUCAAAAAGGAACGGGAGUCUAUUUAGACGCCAUGCAGACGGCACCUACACCAGUGACGUGAGCUCCUACCUGCAGGAUCAGGCAGCCAAGGAGUUUGUCUCCUGGCUGAAGACUGGCCGAGGCAGAAGAGAGUAG